GCCUCUUCAUGGGUUUCAUUUCUUCUUGCUCAUUUAUUUGCCAGACUAUGACCGGUUUUCGGCAUUGUAUGAAACUUGCUUUCCCGUUCUCAGAGCUGAGUGGGAAUUGUUAAAGUCAGUGGAGAAUGUUGUAUCUGCGGAGGAGUCCCACACAAGAAUGCUUGAAGUAGAAUUCAAAGGAUUCAUUGGUCAUCUGUUCGACACCAAUUUCAAAGGAGCAAAUGCUAAGAUUCUAAUUUACACAUUUUGGAUGUUACUGGAGGCGUUUAUUACAACAACACCCGAGGAUGUCUCUUUGGAUAAUAAUGCGCAGUGGGUAUACACACUUCAGGAUCUAUUUGUCUUUUUUGCGAAUCAGCCAAAGCAUGUUUUCAAGAAGCAUCUUCAAUACCUUGUCACAAAAUGCAAGAUGUCUCCAGUCCAACUUCUGUCAAAGUUUAUUACUGAAGAAGGUGUUUGUGUUACUGUCCAAGUGGAGAGUCUUCAUUCUUUUGGCUUUAUUUGUUCUCAGUCAGACGAGAGUGUACAUUUUCAGUUACUUUCUGAAUUUCCUUCAGUCCUUGUCCCACUGUCCAGUGAUAACCAGGAUGUACGUAUGGCUGCCAUGAACUGCAUUGAAGAACUGUCUGCAUUGUGUUCCCGUGCUAAUCAAUCCAGAUGUAAAAAUGGAGACAAUGCAGUCUGGAGCCAUUUUCUCGGGGAACUCUUGGUCUUGAUGGUUCAGCAAAAGAGGCUGAUAUUAUCUGACAAAAAUGUUCUCGCCUCAUUUUUUACGUCUUUGCUCAGCUCCUCAAGCUGCAGUCUUUUAGUGCAGCAGAAUAUUGGACAGAGAUUUGAUCAGUCUACAAAAGAUGACAUACUGGCUUUCAUAUUGAGCUCUGCUCUAGGACUUUCUGCUCAUGCAAAGCUUUUGAUGAGGCGCCAUCAAUAUCAUCUUGGGUAUGAUAAAUCGUGCCAUAAAUUGUCAAAAGUUGAAGUUGAAAUUCUUUGCCUUCUACUGGAGUGCUGUACUAUGCCUACUACAUCAUAUGGUGAUCAUGUUUAUGACGAUCACAUAUUGAAGGCGUUGCAGUUAGAUGGUUUGUCCUCGGAAGACCAUGCCAUUAUACAGCCUUGUGUUACUGUUUUGAAGAAUCUCAGCAGUUCCUUUUACGGAGGUUUGAAGACAGAGACUCAGUCUACAAAAGAUGACAUACUGGCUUUCAUAUUGAGCUCUGCUCUAGGACUUUCUGCUCAUGCAAAGCUAAUGAUUCUAUCUUUGCUCAAAGGAGUAGGAAGUAAAGUUAUGUGUAUUAAAGGCAUUGAAUCUUUGUUGUAUGAGCUUUUGAUGAGGCGCCAUCAAUAUCAUCUUGGGUAUGAUAAAUCGUGCCAUAAAUUGUCAAAAGUUGAAGUUGAAAUUCUUUGCCUUCUACUGGAGUGCUGUACUAUGCCUACUACAUCAUAUGGUGAUCAUGUUUAUGACGAUCACAUAUUGAAGGCGUUGCAGUUAGAUGGUUUGUCCUCGGAAGACCAUGCCAUUAUACAGCCUUGUGUUACUGUUUUGAAGAAUCUCAGCAGUUCCUUUUACGGAGGUUUGAAGACAGAGACUCAGAUAUACUCAAUAAGGGUGGACACACCUCAAUUACACUUGUGCAGCACUAGCAGAGGCAAGGUGGAUGAUUCACGUAAAGUGUCCCUGGAAGCACAUGUGGCAGUCAGCAGUCCAAUUGAUGAAGGCGGAAAUUGUCUUGUGAACAAGCAUGAGAAGCUUAUUGUCCCUGUAUUGGCCGUCUGCACUAGCAGAGGCAAGGUGGAUGAUUCACGUAAAGUGUCCCUGGAAGCACAUGUGGCAGUCAGCAGUCCAAUUGAUGAAGGCGGAAAUUGUCUUGUGAACAAGCAUGAGAAGCUUAUUGUCCCUGUAUUGGCCAUUACUUGCUCAAUCAUACACAGGAUGAUUGACAUUGUUUUGGAGCGCGAUGGUGCUUCAAUUGGAUCAGCACAAGGGAAGAAGAAAAAGAAAUCAAUUAUUCAUCAGAAGUCCAACGAACAUCAUGGCGUGAAUUGGCGAGGCAAAAAUGCGCUCUCUUUUCUUAGUUCUCUUCUUGACGUUUUACUAUUGAAGAAAGACAUAGAGAAGAGAACUUCUCUUAUAGGGCCCUUAUUUAACCUUCUUCGCAUAGUUUUUAUGGACAAUGAGUGGAUGCAUGAGGCUGUUGACCAGGAUGAUGCAUAUAUACAAGCUCCAUCUGGCACUCCUCAGUCUAUUUCCAGCACAGUAGUUUACUUUCAACAGAGGCUGCUAUUGAUUCUGGAGGAUAUUAGUGCUUCACUGGUAGCUGAAAUUCCACAAAAGGAUGAUAUUGUUCAUAAUGUUGACCUGGAACUGUUAGUUACAUGUGCCCGCUCUGCACGGGAUGCAAUCACCCGCAAUCAUGUUUUCUCAUUGGUAUCUACCGUAGCAAAGGUCUUACCUGACAAAGUUUUGGACCACAUUUUGGAAAUUGUCACUGUUAUUGGCGACUCUGCUGUGACACAGUGGGACAGCUACUCACAAUGUGUGUUUGAAGACCUUAUAUCUGCAGUCAUACCAUGUUGGCUAUCUAAGACUGACAACACAGACAAAUUGCUUCAGAUAUUUGUAAGUAUACUACCUCAAGUUGCCGAGCACAGAAGGCUCUCAAUUAUGGUACACCUUUUGAGGACUCUAGGAGACAGUGGUAGCUUGGGUUCAUUGUUUGCCGUCCUUUUCUGUUCAUUAAUUUCUCGGAAUAACUUAUAUUGCCUUGAGGAUAGUAGGCACUCUUUGGAUCAUUUAAAUUCUACCACUCGUAUGCAAUGGGAGUAUGUAUUUGCAAUGCAAUUAUCUGAGCAGUAUUCAUGCAUGAUAUGGCUUCCUUCUCUUGUUAAGCUACUUCAACAAAUAGAAAUGGGUACUUGGGAUGAAGAACUGUUUAUGGAACUGCUAGUUGCAAUGCGAUUCAUUUCAGACAAAUUACAGGAUCCUGAAAUUUCUUUCAAGCUUGAUUCUAGUGAAGAAUUAGAUAAAAUUCAGGGAACGGUCGGUUCACUUAUGGAGUUGGUUGUUUCUUGUCUGCAACUGGUUGACUCAAGAAGAAAGCAAAUAGCUGUUCCCACUGUCAUCCGGAAAGAUCUAAAGGAGUACAUGCGUAGUGCUUUGAAAACUAUUGCAAGGUGCCUGGUACCUGCGGUGUACUUCCAAGUCAUUAUUAAAUUGCUGGGCCAUGCAGAUAACAAUGUGAGAAGGAAGGCUCUUGGGCUUCUGUGCAAUACAUUGAAGGACUCUAGCACAGUGGACAUGAAACAUGAGAGAAGGGGAUUGAGAAUAAGCUCAACAAGCUCUUGGAUUUAUCUGAAUGAAAAUGAUCUAGCAUCCUUAAACAGAUUGUGUUUGGAAAUUGUAAAGUUAAUUGAUGAUUCUGAUACUGAGUCAAAUGCUUCUUUGAAACUGGCAGCAGUUUCAACAUUGGAGGUUUUAACCAGCAGGUUUCCGUCCAACGAUUCAGUUUUUAGCAUGUGCCUUGCAUCUGUUGUUGAAAACAUCAGUUUGACCAACUUUGCUCUCUCUUCUAGUUGCCUUCGGACAACUGGUGCUUUGAUCAGUGUGCUUGGGCCAAGGGCACUCUCUAAGCUUCCUUUUAUCAUGGAGCACUUGCUUAGUUUUUCUCGUGAUGUCUCCUCAUCUGUGGCUGCAGAAACCAGAAGUGGUGAUGAUAAUACUUUUAUUGCAUUAUCAAAUUCUAGGGAAUCUCUCUUCAUGGCAAUUCUUGUCACCUUAGAGGCAGUUGUGAGCAAUCUUGGUGGUUUUUUAAAUCCAUACCUUGGAGAUAUUCUAGAACUUGUAUUGUUGCAUCCUGAAUAUGCAUCCAGAUCAGAUCUGAAGUUAAAAUUGAAGGCCGGCAUAGUACGGAAGCUUAUCAUUGAGAAAAUUCCUGUUCGACUUUCACUCCCACCCCUGUUGAAAAUAUACUCCAAAGCUGUCAAAACUGGGGACUCAAGUUUGUCCAUUACUUUUGAAAUGCUAGGAAACUUAGUGGUUACCAUGGAUAAAUCAUCAAUUGGCGCUUAUCAUGCAAAUAUUUUUGAGUUGUGCUUACUAGCACUUGAUCUUCGCCGUCAACAUUCUGUUUUAAUCAAGACCAUAGAUGAUGUUGAAAAAAAUGUCGUCAAUGCAAUAGUUAAUCUGACUAUGAAACUUACAGAGACCAUGUUCAAGCCCCUUUUCAUUCGCAGUGUUGAAUGGUCAGAGUCAAAUGUGGAAGAAAGUGAAGGUGCAGGAAGCUCAAAUAUUGAUAGAGCUAUUUCUUUUUAUGGCUUGGUAAAUAAACUUGCUGAAAGUCAUCGAUCGUUGUUUGUCCCAUACUUCAAGUACUUGCUCGAUGGUUGCGUACUUCAUCUCACAGUUGCUGAAGAUACAGAGAUAGGUCUGACUCGAAAGAAAAAGAAGGCCAAGCUGCAAGUAGCAAACAGUAAAAAGAAGGAUGGCAAUGGUGCAUUGACUAUUGGAAUGUGGCAUCUACGGGCAUUGGUUUUGUCAUCCUUAUAUAAAUGUUUUCUUUAUGACAAUGGGAGCCUGAAGUUUCUCGAUUCAUCAAAUUUUCAGGUUCUUUUGAAACCCAUUGUUUCGCUGCUUGCUACUGACCCACCGACUUCUCUAGAAGAGCAUCCCAACAUACCUUCUGUACAGGAUUUCGAUGAUUUGUUGGUUGCUUGCAUUGGUCAGAUGGCUGUUACAGCUGGCACUGACCUUCUUUGGAAGCCCCUGAACCAUGAGGUGUUGAUGCAAACACGUAGUGAAAAGGUGCGAUCCCGUGUUUUGGGCCUGAGAAUUGUCAAAUACCUAGUGGAGAAUCUGAAAGAAGAAUAUCUAGUAUUAUUGGCUGAAACCAUUCCCUUCCUUGGUGAAUUGCUGGAGGAUAUUGAGCUACCUGUUAAAGCUCUUGCCCAAGAGAUCCUCAAAGAAAUGGAGUCCAUGAGUGGUGAAAGCCUUCGACAAUACCUCUGAUGUUGGUAACCGCUAAAUUCUCUUUUGUUUCUACAUGGAAAAGCUCAGACGAUCUCCAAGGUGACCGCCAUGCCAGAGAAAUGGCAAUAGUACAUUGUGGUGGUGUGCAAUGCGGCUUUUCCGUGGACCAGUUGUAUGUUUUGUACAUAGGUGAUAGUUGUCAGUUUUCAAUGGCAAAGAGACAGCUGAUUUCAAGGAGAUUUUUGUUCACAGGCAUUGUUUAGAAUAGGUGGGAAGAUUAUAGUUGUAAGUUGAGUCAAUUUUGUAAUUUUGAUAUACUACUGUUCCAGACUGCUGGUGUGUCUGUAAUACAUGGUUUUGCUUAUGGAGAGUUCACAAACUAAAUAUUUAUUUC